GCGCGUACGGACGGCCGAUGGACACCGAGUGGGCGUACACGGAGGCAGGCGAGCUGCGGCUCCUGCAGGCACGGCCAGUCACGACGCUGCACCCGCUCGACGAGGCGAUGAUCACGCCUCCGGGCGAGCCGCGCCGGCUGUACUACGACUUCAACGUCGCGAGCGAGGCGACGACCACCUCGCCCUUCACUUGCCUCGACCUCGCGGUCUACUCGGACAUGUCGCUCGCCUUCCUCGGCCUGGCGGGCGCGCGCAUCCCCACCGACCCGGAGCAGGUCUUCUUCAACGGCCAGACGCGCCAGUACAUCAACAUGUCCCACGCCUUCCGCCUCGUCGGGCCGCGCUGGUUCGCGAGCCAGCUCGAGAUGGUGUGCGGCCCCUCGGCCAGCCUCUUGCUCCUCUCGGGAGCAUCACCUGAUCAUCACGCAGGCCGAGCAUCGGAAGUCGAGCCGUCUCUCGGCCUCAGGUGGACGUCUACCUGGCGGCCAUCCUGCGCGGGGACGACUGCGACGCCGCCAAGUGCAAGAGCGCGGAAUGAGUACCCCAUUUAACAACGACUGAUCAUUCAUCAAGCCGGCAGGUACAAGAGCGCGCGGCUUCCCUCCGGCCUCAGCUUCGGCAGCGUGUGGGGGCUGCUGCGCCAGAUGCCGAUGUGGCGGCAGUACCAGCUCGGCUCGCGCUGGGAGCGCGCGCCACUCGAGACCAAGGCGGAGUACAUCUCCGAGGCGCGCCGCAGCUCGGAGGCGCUGAAGGCGCUCGAGGAGCGCGGCGUCACCUCGGCGGGCUUCGAGUCCUUCUACGCCGAGCUGCUC